AUGCAAAGAAAAUCUCAUAGGAAUUUUGGACAAAGACUGCAGAAAACAGUCAAAAGCAUGGAUGUAUUUGGUAUACCAGUCUCUUUAACUUAUAAAAAUGAGCCUCAUAUAAAAUCAUUCAUUGGAGGAUUCGCUACAGUCCUAAUGCGCACUGGAGUUUUUAUCUACCUCCUAUAUUAGUGUGCAGAUGUACUGAAGAGAAAAACUAUAAUCCAGUCAUCAUAGCACAGAUUAGAUUUAUCUUUUCUAAAGACCGAACCUGAAGUAUAAGAAAAUUUGGAGCAGUAUGCUUAUGUUUAACUUAGUUAGAAUUAAUACCCAUGGGUGAUAGAAAAUGAGAGAAGCAUUUAAUUGAAAGUAAGGAACAGAUUAGAAACUGAAAAUUGCAAAUAUGGAAGGCUAGGGUUAUAAGAAAACAGUAUUGACUAUUUGAAAAUUAUUAAAACUUACCAAUGUCCAAAAAAGAUUGAUUUCUAACUAUAAAGCAGUUAUUCUGCAAGACUAGCUCAAUAGGUUUAAAUAGCAGUAUUCCCUUGCAAUCAAACCUAUCUUGACAUUACUACUAAUAAUACAAAGAAGUCCACUCAUACUUAUUCUUGCUCAGCAAGAUUAGAAAUAUCAAAUAAGAAUGAGGUGAAGUUAUAGGACUCUAUGUUUUAUGGAGAGGAAUAAUAAAAAUAAUAUAUUGAAACAAGAUUGGACUACUUUAAUGUUCAAGAAUUGACUACAGAUGGCUAAACAUCAUUUGUUUCAUUUACUUUAUAAAUGGGUGAUACAGUGAAAACUGUAAACAGACAAGCAGUUACUUUUAUAGAUGCUUUGUAAAAUACUGGUGGAUUUAUGAGUGUUUUAUUCGUCAUCACCCUCAAUAUCAAAAGUCUUUAUCAAUACUAAAGUGAGCAUAAAUGUACAGAUGAGAUUACAGACUAAAGUAUUAGUAAGGAAUUCAAAACUAAUUAUGACUAAAAUUAAGAAGUAACCAUCGAUAAAUUACAAAAUAAAACCUUCUAUGAUACCUAGCUGUUGACAUUUGAUAAAGAUAAUUAAUCAUUUGAAAGUAGAAUAUCAAGGAUAGUAGCAUAAUUUAAAAGUAGACUGAAACUUAAGUAUUCGACUGUUUUAAGCAAGGGAAAUUCUUUUUAGAAAUGGAACGAUGAAAAUAAAUAAAGAACUAGAUAUUAGAUAUAUAGUUAAAGAAUUGAGAACUAUUAAGUUUAUCUAAAAGAACACAUAAUGAUAAACUCUGAAUUUUUAAGACAAGCUCUCAUUCAAACACGCUAAAAUGCUUUCGAUAGAAGAUUAAUGAAAUCAAUAGAGCUUACAAUUGAGGAGUAAUAGCAACUAUAGGAAGUGUUUAAUAGCAAAGAUUUAACUAUUAUUAGAAAAAAGAAAAAGAAGGACCUCAGAGAUAGGAGUAAUUCUAGAAAUUUAAAAUAGUAAUUCCAAGAUCAGUUUCCUUGA